CUACUAGCAGUGUUAGGUACCGAGUAAUGGUGAUUUUGGUUGGUGGUGGUGACAAUAUACAUAUAUAUAGUGAACUACUUAGUUUACUACUUAACACAAUCAAACGAAAAUAGAGAAAAAAAAACAUGGCAGGUGCAGAAUGCUGCUCAAACCCUCCUACCCUGAACCCAAAUGCAGGAAUAGGCCAUGUUGAAAAGUUUGCUGGUCUUGAUUCAUAUCUCACCGGCUCUUCUCACUCCAACCUCGCCGUUCUUCUCAUCUCCGAUGCUUUUGGGUAUGAAGCACCAAAUCUAAGGAAGCUUGCAGACAAGAUUGCGGCUUCUGGUUACUAUGUGGUUGUUCCGGACUUCUUUUAUGGUGAACCCUAUGAUCCUCAGAAUCCUAACAGACCUAUAGGAGAGUGGCUAAAAGAUCAUGGAACGGAUAAAGGUUUUGAAGAUGCAAAACCCAUUGUUGAAGCCUUAAAAAGUAAAGGUAUCUCUGCUAUUGGUGCAGUUGGUUUUUGUUGGGGUGCUAAGGUUGUGGUUGAACUUGCAAAACCUAAAUUUAUCCAAGUUGCUGUGCUGUUACAUCCACAAUAUGUCACUGUUGAAGAUAUCAGUGCUGUUGAUAUUCCAAUUGGCAUUCUUGGAGCUGAAUUAGAUCAAAUUUCCCCUCCAGAACUUAUAAAGAAGUUUGAAGAAGUCCUGAAGGCUAAACCUUGGGUUGACAGUUAUGUUAAGGUAGUUCCAAAUGUGGCACAUGGUUGGACUGUGAGGUAUGACCCUCAAGAUUCAAAAGCAGUGAAGGAUGCUGAGGAGGCUCAUCAGUUCGUUUUGGACUGGUUUGCUAAACAUCUCAAGUGAGAAAUUGUGUCAAGAAUAUAUCACUUAUGUUUCUUUGCUUGUUGGACAUGAAUAUUACAUUCAUCUAUCGUUAUUAAACACUACUAUGAUUGUGGAAUGAGACUCGAAUCUGCGACUUCGGGAUGAGUAUUGAGAGACUAUGUCAUUUGAGUUAUAGCUUGUUGGCUGGUGUUGUAAGGAUUUUCUAAUAAUUAAUAUGGACAUAAUCAUAUAAUAUACAUAUUUUAUACGAAGAUUAAUAAAAAUAAUUAGUCAUA